CAUUUUUAUAAACUCAACAUAACAUUUGGCAGAUUCUGCAAGGUAUAUGUAAACGUUUGACCUCAACUGUAAAUAAAUAAUAAUUUCAUGAAGUCAUAUGACACACAUUGACUGCUCCUGUGAUCUUGCAUGGGAAAACAGACCAAAGUCAUCUUUUAAAACCAAACAAAACAAAACAAAAAACAAUGGUGUCAUAAAUUUAGCUUGCUCUGUCUACUUGUCUGACAUUUGUCAUUUGUUUGCAUCUGUUCAUUUGGUUGACAGAGAAAUACAGAGGAAGAGACAUUUGAAAACGUCUUUGUGUCUCUUUAAUGAGUUUUUGGUCUCAUGAUCUUGUGAAUCCUCACACAGCAUCUUUUGUUGGUUUGUCUGAUGUCAUCACGGUGCAAGGAGGGAAGCGGCUCAGCAGCGUUUCUUUACUCGGAGGCAGAAAUAAACACCCUUCUGCUACGCAACCUGCAGCAAGAUGUUGGUGCCGGUGGUUUUAUUUUUCUGUCUGCUCUCUCUAAAACCAGCAGCUACAGAAGUGGGUCUUAUUGGUAAAGUGCUUCUGUUCCCGUACGAGACUGAUUUCAGCUACGUUAAACUCACACCUAAAAAGCCUCUGGGCCUCACAGCGUUCACUCUCUGCAUGCGCGUCGCGACGGAGCUCCAGGGCGAGCGGCAGAUCAUUCUCUUCGCCUACCGGACGCCCGACUUUGACGAGCUCAACGUGUGGAGAGAGAAAGACGGCCGAGUGUCCUUCUACCUCAGCGGCGACGGAGCUUUCUUCCACCUGCCUCCUCUCUCCACCUUCCGGGCUCACCUGUGCCUCACCUGGGCAUCGCGCACCGGACUCACGGCAUUCUGGGUGGACGGGCGCCGCAGCGCGUUUCAGCUGUAUAAACCCGGUCACAGCAUCCGUCCGCAGGGAACCGCUCUUCUCGGACAGGAUCCCGAUAAACACCUGGGGGACUUUGAGGCGGUGCAGAGUUUCGCUGGCGAGCUCACGGACCUGAACAUGUGGGACUACAUCCUCACCGGAAAUCAGAUUAAAGCGCUGUAUUUGAACCACGCGCAACGCGUGCCGAGAGGAAACGUGUUUGACUGGAACUCCAUCGAAUAUGAGAUUAAAGGAAAUGUGCUAGUCGUGCAAGAUGAUUGAAAUAUUCAAGCACAUACAACCGUAUCGUCUUUACAGAAUAUUGUGUUUAAUUAGAAAUACGCCUACAAUGCAAGUAAACAUGCUAACAUUUCAGCAUUACAAAGUAGUUUAAACAUAUUUGUGACCCUGCACCACAAAACCAGUCAUGAGAGUGUUUUUUUAUUAUUAUUUGAGGUUUACACAAAAGCUGAAAGCUAAAUAAAUAAGCUUUCCAUUGACAAAUGGUUUGUUAGGAUAGGACAAUAUUUGGAAAUAUUUUGAAAAU